AUGAAGAGAUUUAUAAGUAGAAGGAUCAAUUUUUAUUAUCCAACUAAACUUAUUGAACAACCACCACAGCAACAAUAUAUGAUUGGCAAUACAAUAUCAAGACAACAACAACUACAACAGCAAUUGCAGCAGCAAACUCAGCAACUUCAACAGCAGCAACAGCUUCAACAACAACAACACCAACAAAUAACAUUCCCGACACCUACACCGUCAACCACCUCUACUUCUUCUACUUCAUCAUCUACAUUCAUCAAUGGUCAAAUGGACCUGAGUUGUACAAUAGAUAAUAAUAAUAAUAACAAUAAUAAUAAAGACAGUCGAAAUAACAAUAAUAAUAAUAAUACAACAACAACAACAUCUACAACUUCGACAACAGGUAAUAAUAAUAAUAACAAUAAUAAUAGUACAGCAAGAAUACCAUUGUCAGCAAGAUCCAAUUCAAGUGUUAAUCUAAGUUCAUUGCAACCAGCAUUCACUAGGAUGUCAUCUCUUGGUUCGUUCCCAACAUCGAAAUCAUCAAAUUCCAUCCCACCACCAUCACAUGCGCUUCUACUCCAACAGGCACACGAAGAGUUUAUGAGGCCAAUAUACGAUCUGACAAAACACAUUCAAGCGGAAAACUUGUUACGCGAGGAAUUCCUUGCACUGGAAAACAUCUAUCAGAGCAACAACAAUCAUCAGACCAUCGAAGGAAAUUUAAAACAUAAUACUUCAAAGAAUCGUUAUACAAAUAUUUUACCAUGUGAUACAACAAGAGUUAAACUUGAAAAGAUAAAUGGCCAGGAGGGGUCUGAUUAUAUUAAUGCAAACUUUAUUGAUGGUGAGGUUGAUAGACAAUAUAUUUGUACACAAGGACCACUUCAGAAUACUAUCAUUGAUUUUUGGAGAAUGGUGUGGGAGAACUCUAGUACAAUCAUUGUAAUGCUGUCGAAGGAAUUGGAAAACUGUAGAAUAAAGUGUGAUCGUUACUGGUCCGACAGUGAUCCAAUCGAUUAUGAACAAUUUACAGUUUCUUUGGAAAACAUUGAAAGAGAUAUCGAGCGCGAGAUUAUUAUUAGAACUUUUAAAUUAACAAAUCAAACUGUGAAUGAAACUAGAGUUAUUACACAUUAUCAAUAUGAAGGUUGGCCUGACCACAAUGCACCCAAUGACACAGAGCCACUCCGCUAUCUGCUGCACUUGAUCAACACCACACAGAACUCGCUGGUGGAGCAAUACAGAGAGGCACCGAUCGUCGUACAUUGCAGUGCCGGUGUCGGAAGAACAGGAACAUUCUGUACAGUACACACCCUCAUCAGUAGAAUUGACAAUGCUAAACCAAACUCAAAGAUCGACUUUAAUAUCUAUUCAAUCGUUAAUAAUUUAAGAAAACAAAGACCUGGAAUGGUUCAACAAUUAGAACAAUAUUUGUUUUGUUACGCAACGAUUGCAGAUGAACUAAAAGAGAGAGGAUUUCAACAAACGAGUUGA